AUAUGUGUACACUUGAAUGGCUCUCUAUGCAGUAUUGAUUUAUCGACUGAAUUGUAUUGAACGCGCUCGUGAACAUGGUAAGAAAGAAGAUUAUACCAUGCGGUUCACGAAAGCUAAUUUUGUAGCUAGGCAUGGGACUUGGGGAAACAGGAAAUUGUCAGAGAAAGAGAGAGAGAGAGAGAGAGAGAGAGAGAGAGAGAGAGAGAGAGAGAGAGAGAGAGAGAGAAUUAUUCAUCAUUGUAAUAAGUUAUAAUAUAAAUGUAUUGAUAAUAAAUACUGCGAAAAUCAAGAAAGACGAAGUGGAAACAGAAGAAGGGAAGUAACUCAAAGUUCAUCAUAAUAGUCUUUGCCUCAAUAGUGGAAUGAAAUUGUUGGACUGUCUCAUCAUCUCAUUGAUAGUUGUGUAUAUAAUAUUUCAUUUUACACUUAGUUGGCCUGUCAGGCCCCGAGUGGAACUCAGUAGAGGACUAGUAAGGAGACUUGUGUAGUACAAACACUCAGAAAGACCUGAAAUAAUCUUAUAAUGCUUCAACACGUUUUGCACAAACACCUUUCCCUGAGAAGACAUGUUUGUACAGAGGGUCACAUGGCUGUCUUCAACUUUCACGAGACGGGACAUCUAGAAUGGUCAGCUGUGAGCUCUGAGUGAGCUUGGGGAGAGACAGACAGACAGACAGAGAAAGAGAGAGAGAGAGAGUCAGUCAUGAGCCAGAUAAUGGAAAGGACCCUGGCCUCUCUCCCCAAACUGCUCUCUCAAGGGUUGUCGGGGGGAAAAUCGUCCAAGUCCUCCGGUCCGUCCCCACUCUCCCUGGACGUCCAGAACUUUAUGAAACAUGUGCACAGAGCCAGGUCAAAGACACAGGAAAGUAACAUCAUUGCUUCUGAAAUGGCGACUGUUCAACAAAAACUCAAGCAAUCGGAAUAUUCGGCGUCACCAGCAUUCAUGCGGUCUGUAUUCUCCAAAGCGAUAUUUUGCCAUUUACUUGGCUAUGAUGUUAGCUUCGUGACCAUCUCUGCCAUCAACUUGGCACAACAAGGUCAAGGUUAUGACAAACAGCUGGGUUAUCUGGUCUCCAGUCUGCUGUUGAAUCCGAGCCACCACAUGGCAAUGCUGAUGAUGGCCACCCUUCUCCGAGACUUGAAGAGCUCCAACAUGGCCGACAAUAUGGUCGCACUGGUCAUGGCGGCUCAUUUAGUGGACGUAGAAAACGUCCCCACUCUGUUACCCGCGGUCACGAAGAAACUGAGUCACCCCCAUGACCUUGUGCGAGAGAAGGCCGUCCACUGCCUGCGGGCAUUCUACCAGCGGUCGCCCGAUGUCGUACAGUCCUCCCUCGGUCAGCUCAACAGUCUGUUGUCCUCGAGGGACCCGGGCGUCCUCAGCGCCGUAGUCAACACUUACCUACUGAUGUGUGAGAAAAACCCGUCCAAGUUGGUGGGUCUGGGCCGCAGCUUCCUGCACAUCCUGCACCAGGUGAACAGCCGUGGGUUCGGCGCCAGCUACUACCACCACAUGGUGCCUCUGCCGUGGCUGCAGGUCAGCCUGCUCAAAGUCCUCAGCCUUCUGGGUAGCUGCGACGCUCAGGUCAGCACGGCAGUCAUCCCUCACCUUGAGGGGUUGAUGGAGAAGACAAAGGUGUCAGAACCCGCGUCUCUCGCCGUUCUGGUGGAGAGUGUGGUGACCGCUACACGUCUGACGGGGGCCGACAGUUUGAUGCCUCUGUGUUCCCGCUGUGUGGGGAAGUUACUGGAACCACAAGCCGGGCCCGACAUGAGAUACCAAGGCCUGGGUCUGCUGGCCGCUCUUGUACGUGUCAAACCGUCCCUGGCUACUCAGCACCAGGCGGCCGUUGUGGCAAGUCUACAGGACCCUGAUCCCGCUGUGCAGCAGAGGACAGCACAGAUUUUACAUGCCAUGGCCAACAGGGCCAAUGUCAAGGCUAUUUGUUCCAAACUGUUCCAGCAAAUCGACGAGACGGAGGACAAAGUGUUUAUCAGCGACAUGUUCAAGAUGAUCGCGGACCUUACGGAGAGGUUCUCGGCAGACAUGGACUGGUACGUGAGGACGGUCUUCUACCUCCUGCAACACCCGGACAACGUGUACCUGGGCGAAGAUUUGAUCCAGGCCGUGGUGUCGCGAGUUGAGCAGUUCUGUCUGGGCUCGCACUCACUGGACGGGCAAGGAACUCAGGCCUUUCUCUCCGUUCUGUUCGACGUACUGGACAACAGCGAGUCUAGCCAGAAGGUCGUCGUUCUAGCCCUGCAUUUGUUGGGAAUUUUUGCGCCGAGGUGCGGGGGAGAAUUUCCCAGCGAAAGACUUUUGGACGCAGUAGACAGGAUUUUGUUUCCUGAUCCUGGACUGUGUGCACAACCCCUGGUCAUCAUCCCCAGUCCUGUGCCACAAGAUGAGGCGGCUGAGAGCGUGGUGGACUCGGAGCUAGAGGCCGUAUGCUGUGCGUGUGUUGAGGGUUUGUGUCGUCUGGUUCUCAUGGGCUGUGUGUCUAGCGAUGUCGUCAAGUCGUGGCUACAUCGUCAUGACGACCGGGAGCCUCGCGGUGGGAAUGCCUCGCGGUGUCGUCUGCUGGAACUGUGUGAGCUGAUCGCAUUACCACUGGGACACCUACCAGCCACUCCUGAGCUGGGCUCACACUGGGACGUGGACAGCAUGGACUUCUCCCUCAGCUUCCUGGACGGCCUUGUGGUCCAGGAUAUUCUUGCCGGAGCGUCCGUGUUCAAACCUCGUGUGGACCCGAGCCCCAACUCGCUGCUCGCUGGUGAUGUCAUCGUCGCGGGGAAUGAGAUGGAAAGCAGCGUGAGUGUGGCUAGCGAGCAGGCCGUCUACACCAGCACCGAGUCCGCCCUACUAGACAGCUGGCACGAGUCCACUGCUUAUCCCCCGGUGAGGGGAAAGUGGCGGGAAGAUGCCGAUGAUGAUGAUGAUGACUUUGAGGACCAUGAGGAAGUAGAAGCUGACAUGGAGGAUGCGAGCAACAAAGGGGCCCAGAGGACAAAGUCAGAUUUAACCCUUGACCUUUUCGCUGGUCUUUCAUUGGACCCGGUCUCAGUAACCAAGAGGACCCAUUCUGAUGGAUGGGCAAAUUCGAGACGAGGAAAAAAUAUUUGGGAUGAUGAUGAGGAUGAGGAAAGUGACAGCGUGAAGAUGAGAGUCGCAGGAUUCGACCUGCACCCAUUUGGUAUUCCCAGUAAAAAGAGUAAACUUUUAUCUUGUGAUGACACCUCCAUGAUCUCUUCUGACGAAUUUGACAUGAUGUCACCACAAACUAUUUCCACCAACCAAAUGGGGUCACAAAAGUUCCCACCAGUGUCCAAUAAAUGGUCAGAAUCUUCACUGUAUUCAAACACCCUCAAAAACGUUUCUCUAUCGGGCCUCAACAACAACCUUUACGAUAUGGAGGAAGGGAGCCAUCAUAUAGCAGCUCACGGUGACGAGAGCAUCUACGCCGACAGUGUGGCGGCCACCAUCAACUCUGCCUCCACUGUCGAUGAUCUGACUGACAGCGAACCCGAGGCCUCCUAGGUGGGGACAUGGUCAACUUUGACCCUCCCACUCGGAACUGACUUGACCUAGUUAUAUUUUUAGAUACUACAACUAUAACCAUUCUUACUUUACUUUACUUUACUUUUUCAUCCUCUGUUGCUGUUAAGCGUCGAGGGGAGAUGCAGUUUUCUAUGGUAGGCCAGCUCCACAGCUCUUUCAGUUGUAACCAUUCUUACUAGCAUAGAGUAAAACCAAGCUGUACUGUGAAUCAACGUGAAAACAACCAACUUGUGUCCUACGCACUCAUCUGACAAUAUACAGUUGCUUGUGUUGUAAAACUUAUGAGACUGAAACUGACCUAGUUAAUAUAAUGUAAUGUAAGUAUGCAGAGCCAAGGUUUUUGGGGUCGGGGAUUGGCAAUGGGGUUGAUGGCUCUGCGUUACUACUCUGGAACAGGCUGGCUGUGACUGUUGAUGAGCACAAAGACACGAGUGUCGUUCCUUGCUUUUACUGCUGUUUGAAAGAGGGUGAAAGUAGAAUGAGACAUUGGUGAAAAUUUUUAGAUGUGGUGGUUUUGAUUGAAGGCAGUAGAAUUAGAAUGAGGUGUUGGUUUAUUUGCUUUGUGAUAAAUGGUCAAAAUCACAUUGAAAAUGCUGCAACGGUUGUUUCUUCUGCUGUUGUUUUUCUCGACUUUUUGCUAAUGUGCAGGCUCAUGAACUUAAUAUCCUCGCCUCUAAAGAAUCUAAAUUGCGCUAAUGGCCAAUAUGAGCAUAAAACAUGUGCAAUGUUACCUUAGUCCUGACUGGCAACAGGAACUGAGAAGCAAUGGCUUCCUUUCAUGACUUUGGUGUCCGUGUCUGGUCCCACAUUUUGUUCUCUUUCUGUUCAGCUCUUUACUCCAUGAAUAGCUGGACUUUGAACCUUGCUGAACAAAUGUACAUUUUUGUAUUUCAUAGAUAUUUAUAAUAUAACCCGGGAUUUGCAAUUUUGUUAGAGUGCUAGAUACAUAUAUUCAAUUCAAUGUUUGGAAGUUAAUGUGAUAUUUCAGCUUGAAGUUCAUGUAAUGUGGUCCCUAUGUAUAGUGUAUUACUGUGCGCAAAUAAUCAACGUUUUUCAGAGUGCGAUGUCUGUACGCUCUAUUGCCUUGUCAUUCAUCGUUGUCACAGAGAAGAUAAAUGGCAGAUCGAGCCUCCAGCCAAAACAAAGCUGUGGCCUUUGGGAAAAAAUUAGCUGUACCGGUAUUGUUGGAACAUUGAAGAACCAGUGCAACUUAUAUAUAUAUGAAUGCUUUCAUUUCUGUGCAUUGUAGGCAAGUGUAAAUGUAGGGGGUUAACAACACCCCUAUUAACAUUGGUUAUUUGAGAGGCGGAACCUAUGAAUUUUACCUCCGUCUCUACUAGGACCAAGAGAAAUGGGACUAGCUAGAGCUUUGAAAACUCCACAGAACAGCCCAAGUUCAAGUAGGUGUUGCAAGCCCCUGCCUGCGGGAGCCAGAAAACUGCCUUAUUGACGGCAAGGUCUUCAAUCAAAAAGCCCUGCUUUUCUUGUCCUAGUUCAAGAAGCCCUGACUGGGAUUCAAACCAGGGCCAUAUAUACUCUGUAGUCCAGCAUGAUAGACAACCAACUGAGCCCCCACGUAUUUUGCCAAUGGUCUGAAGUGCUGGCAAAAUGCUGUAGGAUGUCCCGGUGUCCCAGUUUUUCUCUCUCAAAUAUAAAGAGACAAGUCCAUGCCCACCCUGCCUUCGUGGAAGGUUAUAGUUAGAGAGAGAGGGCGCCACUAGCAGUAGUAGCUCUUACUUCUGGUCUAUCCUAUGGCUACUUGAGAGAGGCAUUGCGCUGCCAAGAGCGAAAUGCUCGCAGCUAAAGGGAUUUGAAAACAACAACAUCCUAUGGCUUUGAUUGUAUUGAUUUGCUUCUAUACAUAAUUUAACUCAAAACUGAAACGGAUAAAACUCCUGCACUUUGUUGAGGCUAACAUCUGUUCCUGACGUGAGAAGUCUGGAUCAUAGGGAAAGGCCUACGACCACAAGCACAGGCCCAGUUCUUGCAUUCAGUCAUGUGUGUUUUAUGGAAAUUCUAACAAUUCUGCCUGUGUUAUGGUGUUAUGAUGGAUUUUAAUGUUUUACUUAAUGAAAGGUAUGGUAAGCUGAGCUUUAAGUAUGCCGUUGUGAAUUUUCAUUUAUAUUUAAAAUGUUAAAGCAUUAUUUCUAAUUUGCCAUUCAGAAGUUGAAAUGUUUUCUCUUGUGUAAUUUGUGAUAAAUGUGUGACGUUUUUGGUGUAGCCUCUGAAUCUGAAUGUGAAGUGAAAAAAUUCCCUCAAAUAGAUCUAGCUGUUUGUUUGUUUGUUUUCUAUAGGUACUUAACAAAAGUACAGUAUUGGGUUUUCCUGCCAUGUCCACGGGUGGCUGGAGGGUGCCACUGGAAGGUCCUCCUCCUAGUCCUAGUUUUGUUCUUUCCCUCUGUUGUUUCCGUCUGCCUGUCUGUCCCACUUUUUCCUUGUGCAACAGACCGUUAUUGUUGAUGUGCUUCUCUCUACACAAACAAACAAACAGACUGACGGACUGAAACCAAAAUUAGAUUUAUAAGAAACUUCCCACUGUUGGUAACUGUUACUGACACUGACAGCCAUUUUUGCACAAAAUGUGUCCUCCUGUUCACUGCUAAGUGUUCAGGGGAAAAAAUGAAUUGCAAAAAAAAAAACCUUAAAAAACAAACACACAUCAUAUUUAUAUUUUUAUGGUUGAUUUUAUUGUUUAUGAGCAUAAAACAUGACAAAGAAAACAGAAACAUGAUGGAGUAAUGGAAAUGGAAACAGUAUUUUAUU